AGCAAAGUACUCUGUGUAUAACAACCGUUUUGACAGCUGUUGUCUGUUGACCUCUCUGAUUUUAGCUUCGCUCGUUCUUUCCUUCGUUGAUCGUUCUGUUUAGUUUUAUUUUGAUAAAAUAACACUCGUGUUUUAACCAUUGUGUCAGACACUCGUUGUAUUCUUAUAAUUGUACAAUUAAUCUAUAGUUAUAUUGUCGUGGCGCGUAUUUCAUAAACCCUAGUUGUGUGAUAAACAAUGAAAGUUCGUUUUCGUUAACGUUGAACAGCUUUUCUUCCCCACUUGAGGCUGAAUCUGUAACGUCUGCUGUAACUCGGCCGCGACCACGUACAUACCGUCUGACCAUCGGUACUUUCUCUCUGAUGCGUUACGGGUCGGUUAUUACUCAACACACCGCUGUGAAGUGUUGUGAGCAAAUCGCCAAUAUUUCAUAGCGAUAAUCUGUACGUAAUUGGCAGGUGGUAAUGUCGGUCGUGUACUCGUGUGACCGUAGUUGAAUAGAUCCUGCAUAGUAGAACAGUGUUAGUGUGUAAUGUGUAAGAAUUGGUUGUUGUGAUGGUGGAACGCGAAGGUAUGCGGCGCGGAAGCGGCGGUGGUUGCGGAUGGGGCGGCGGCCUGCUGGGCCGCUGGUCUAUCCGACGGUUGCUUCUCGACAGUCCUCUGGUCGGCAGGAGGUUCGCCCACUCAGUACUAGAUCAAGGCCAGGAGAGGCAGGUGAAGACAAAUGUGGAGCAGUCACACAGUAGACAGCAGGCCGCCGUAGAAUGUAUAGCUGAAGACGAAGAGGGAGAAGUUCUAGAAUGUCCACUAUGUCUGUCAUUAAUGAACACGAGUGGCAUGGUGCGGCUGGCGUGGUGUUCCCACCGAUGCUGCGAACCCUGCCUCCGACAGUACCUAGCGAUAGAGAUAUUCGAGGCAAGAGUGCCAGUUAAUUGUCCAGUAUGCCAUGAAAAUAUGCAUCCUUCAGACGUACGCCGAAUCGUGGAUAACCCAGUGUUGUACGACAAGUAUGAGGAAUUCUCAGUGAGACGCGCUCUCGCCGCGGACCCUGACACUAGGUGGUGCCCCGCGCCCGACUGCAGUUUCGCGGUGGUAGCGACGGGUUGCGCAUCGUGCCCGAAGCUGACCUGCCUGGCGCCCGGGUGUGGCGCGUCCUUCUGCUACCACUGCAAGGCAGCCUGGCAUCCAACACAGACGUGUGACGCCGCGAGACGGAGCCGCCAACCUCCACCACGGGCGCCCCAACCCUCCCACGCGGAUCUCGAUCAUGGUGAAGUGAAACCUUGUCCGCGAUGUUCUGUCCUCAUUGUGAAGGUGGAAGAUGGCUCAUGCAACCACAUGGUGUGUUGCGUGUGCGGCGCCGAGUUCUGCUGGCUCUGCAUGAAAGAAGUGUCAGAUCUGCAUUAUCUAAGCCCGAGCGGGUGCACGUUCUGGGGUAAGAAGCCGUGGUCGCGCAAGAAGAAGCUACUGUGGCAGCUCGGCACGCUGGCGGGUGCACCGCUCGGCAUCGCCGUAGUGGCGGGCGUGGCGCUGCCCGCGCUGCUGGUCGGCCUGCCGCUGUGGGCCGGACGACGAGCACACCGCCGCCUGCGCCGCGCCAGGCCUGCACGCCGCCGCCUCGCCGUUGCUGCUGCUGUCGCCGCUGCUCUGAUCGUGUCUCCGCUGGUGGCGGGGCUGGCGGUGGGCAUCGGCGUGCCCAUCCUGCUGUUCUACGUGUACGGCGUGGUGCCGGUGUCGCUGUGCCGCGCGGGGGGGUGCGCGGGGGGCGCGCCGCCGCCCGCCUACGACGACGACAGGGACCACGCGCUCGACACCGACGCCGCCUCGCGACGACUCGAGCCCAGCAUCGGUGACGCGUCCCUGUCGGCGGGCUCCGCGCAGGCGGAGGUUCGAGCGCCGUCGCUGGCCGCGCUGGCUGGUUCUCUGGGCGGACACGAGGCCGCGUCGCCGGCAGCUCAUCGCCUCGAGGUCACGGCCGACGUGGCGGACGUGGCGGACGCGGCGGACAUGGCGGACCGCGCCAGCGCCGCGUCGUGGCCCGACGAGCCGCCGUCGAGCUCGUCUCGCGCCGCGCGGCUCCGCAGCCUGUUCCUGUACGGCGAGCCCGCGCCGCCCCCCGACCCGGAGGCGGGCCCGGCCGGCCCCGCCCCCGCGCCCGUCCCCGCCCCCGCGCUCCUCACCGCCGCCUGCGAGACCCGCGCCGGGCCCUCGUAACGGCGUCCGCCGCACCUCACCACCGGAAGCGCGCUCCCCACUCCGAUCGGUCUCGAGGACGGUCCAUCCCCGUCGUAGCUAGGAAUGCGGAAUAAAUCGAGCGUGCACCCAAACUAAUGUGAUAUGAGGGCAGACGUACCGCUUUUAUUUAGCGGUUAAUUUAAGAAUGCUCGACGUCGUACCUUUAUGCGUUAGCGUAUAGUUACGAGCCCCAAAAAAUUAUUGGACUGAAUAUAAAGUAUUAGAAUUACGGACCCAAAAUAAACAUACUCAUGGAUUUUUUGAUGUGGAAUACUUUGUGCGUUCAUCGCUCUCGUUUAUUCCUUAUCCUAUAUACUUACAAUACGUAUAUCUCCUCAUAUUUGGAUGGUACAUUAAUAUUUUUUACAUCUGUUCUCCUUUGCCGACGGUUGAAACUAUGGUAACGGGACAGUUGGACGGGCUCGAACGUCGCUCUGUAAAUUAGUGCGACCGUUCAUGUUCCUGUUCCGGUUCCUGUCUGUGGUAGACGCCCGAAGUGCACCUACCGUCCUCGUAUUCGGUCCCAGGGUAUAGUUCAGUUGCACCGAUAUAAUGUGCCAAUGAGAAACAUUUCGAAAUAACCAAUAAAACAUUCUAAGUGCGUCCACAAGGUUUUGUUCUAGUAGUAGGGUCAAGAGAACUGCCAAUUAUUGAGAUACUUAAUUUUCAUGGUGAUGAUGUAGUGGGACAAGUUUUUAUUGUCGUUUUAUACUGCAGUGGUUAAUAACGAAAUGGAGUUUUGUAUUUGUAAUAAAGAUAUGACUCGUAGAUAUAUGAUCAUAUAAAUAUUAGCGUAUUAGCCGGGUUAGACGAUAAGUCCUCUUGGCGCCACUAACGGAACAGUGUAUACUGGUCCUCACAAGGCGAUAAAUUGUGGGUGAUCAUAGACAAUCCAGAUUUACACAGUCGAUUGUAUUAUUGUACUACUCGUAACGUGUCAUCGAAUAUUAGUGCGAGGCUGUGAACGUUCACGCCUUUGUUUUGUUAGACGAAGCAUUGUAUCAAUGUGUAUAGUGUACAUAAAAAGGCGUCUCUGCAGCAAUAAAAUGCGAUUAACACGUUCAAUCAUUGAGAAACUCGGUCACA